UCAGCGCCGGCAACUGAAAUUCUCAUAUUUAAUUGAGAACUGUUUGGCUCUCCGUUUCAGAAACGCUAGGAAGUUAUCACAUUAUGGCGUCAACUCUAUCACACACUCCUGUAUUUGUUAAUAAUAAUGCUAUGUACGAACCAAAUCUUAUCAAUCAUAACCUGAAAUCAACUGUUCAAACCAAUCCAAAAUUCACAAAUACCUCAAUGUACAAUCUUGAUUUAUUGAAAUGGCAAUCGAAUACACCAAGCAAUUCAAUGAAUCGGUUACAACCACUCAGUAGUCGCCGAAAAGAUUAUAUUCGUGAAAAUAUUCGUCAUCUAAGACAAUUAGAAGACAAAAUAGCAUGUAAACGUGCUUCGGAACAAUGCGGCGGAUCAGUUGUUUCAACGAACCGUACACAAAACAAUUCAUGCAAUCGGCUUUCCUCAUGUCGUAAUACACCAACUAGAUUAUUUAAAUCCGAUGGAAAUCCUACUAUAGAGACUAAAUUUAAUACUUCAGGUCAACAAUUCUCAUCAUCAACUACUACCCUCGCGAAACCUCGUAAACAUAAUAAUAAUUCCAUGACACGAAGUGAAUCUAAUGUUGAUUUAAACAAAAUUGAUCAUUAUAAAUCUUUACAGUUAAAUAACUCUUCAAUAUUAUCCACAGAAAAUGAAAAAAUUACAGAUCAUCGUUUUUCACAAAAAGUUCCACCAAUUGCAUUAAAUUCCAAUGGAAAAAAUCAAUCUCAUCAAUAUUUAUCAUCAAGAACAAAUAAAUCGAAUAAAAAUCUACAUUGUACAACAACAUUAACAACACCAAUUGAAAAAAAACCUGAAUACUUACAUCGGCCAGAUGCUGGUGAUGUUGAAAAUGAAGCGGACAUGCCUGCGUCAGCUAAACAUAAUAAACAUUUGACUUUCACUAGAAGAACACUUGAACCAGAAGAAGUUGAAUCAGGUAAAAAUGUUGAAUUUGACAGACGUGAUAUUAAUUCAAACAAAUCAAGGUCACAGUUAUCUCAUACAUCAAGAAUGUGGCCCGAGAGACGUUUGAAAAGUGGGGUGAUUCCAACUUACCUAGUGAAAAUGAAACAAAAAGAACAUGAACGAAUUCAAAAAGAAUUAGAAAAUCAACCUGAUCCAGAUCAACCACCAGGACAUCAACGAAUGCCAGAAGAAGAACGUUUAAAUACAUUAGAUUUACUUAAUAAAGCUCAUGCUAAAUUAUGGGAUGAAUAUUCUCAUCUCCCAGUACGUAUGGAUACAUUACGAAUUCGUCGUAGACGAGCUGAAAUUGAAAGUCGUCUGAAAGAAUUAGAAGAAGCUAUAGCAACAUUUAGUAAACCGAAAGUAUUCAUUAAAAUUGAUUGAUUUGAAAUACUACUUACUAUUAUAAUAACAACAAUGUACAAAACAAAAUGAUCUCAAUAAUAACUUCAGUGGUAUUACUGCACAUCACUAGUUUUGUAAACUUUUUCUCUCUAGCACAUUGGAUUUUCUGGUCAUUGUACAAUAUGUUAUAUAUGUAUAUUGUA